AUGGCGGCGACGAAAGACCUCGAGAUGACGGACGCUCCUGUCGAUACCGUCGACACCACCAACUCCGAGAAGAAGUCCAAGAAGGAGAAAAAGGACAAGAAGGACAAGAAGGAGAAGAAGGAGAAGAAGGAAAAGAAGGAGAAAUCUUCCAAGAAGAGCAAGGCCUCCGAGGAGUCUACCGAGUCCGUCGAGACCGUCGAGCCCGUCGAAUCUACCGAGAAGCCCGUCGAGUCUGCCAACACCACCGCCGACGCCGAUGCCGAUGCCGAUGCCGAUGCCGCCUCCUCCGACGAGAAGCCCAAGAAGUCCUCCAAGAAGCGCAAGGCCGAGAUCACCGAAAUCGAAAUCGACGUCACGGCCCCCGAGCCUCCCUCCAAGAAACAGAAGCGUCUGCUCAAGAAGGGCAAGACCCUUCCCACCAAGCCGUCUUCCGACAACGACUCCGACUCCGAAGGCGAAACCACCGGCAAGGAUGGCGAGAAGAAGGCCAAGAAGGAAAAGAAGGAGCGCUCCCCGCACGGCGUCUGGAUCGGCAACCUGCGCUUCACCGUCACCAAGAACGAACUGAAGGAAUGGCUCGUCGAGAACUCGGGCGGCUCCAUCACGCCCGAGUCCAUCACGCGCGUCCACAUGCCCACCUCCAAGGCGCAGCCCGGCCAGCCCAAGAAGGAGAAGCCCGAGAACCGCGGUUUCGCCUACGUCGAUUUCGACACCCUGGCCACCAAGGUCGCGGCCAUCGCGCUCAGCGAGACGGAGUGGUACAGGCGCAAGUUGUUGAUCAAGGACGCGACGUCGUUCGAGGGACGGCCGGAGAAGAAGAAGGAAGAGGAGGAGGCAAAGAAGGAGGAUGAAGCGGUAGUAGGCGGCAAGUUCGCGGGCUCGACCAAGAUCUUCGUCGGCAACCUCUCGUUCGACACCACCGAGGACGACCUGCGCGCGCACUUUGACAAGUGCGGUGCCAUUCGGUGGGUCAAGGUGGCCACGUUCGAGGACAGCGGCAAGUGCAAGGGGUACGGGUGGGUGAACUUUGAGGAGGGUGAGGCGGCGCAGUGGGCGGUGAAGGGGUUCGUCAAGAUCCGCGAGGAGAUUCCGGAACUCGAGGAUUUCAUGGACGAGGAUCAAAAAGCCGAGGCCGAGGCUGCUGCGGAAGCCGAUGCCGAUGCCGACAGCACAGAAAAGAAGAAGCCCAAGCAGGAAACGGAAAAAAGGAUAAAGACCCGCAAGUGGUGGGUCAACCAGCUACACGGCCGCACCCUCAAGAUCGAGCUGGCCGAGGACGACAAGACGAGAUACGAGAAGCGGUUCCGAGGCAAGGGCCCUGGUGCUGGCAAGAAGGGACAACAAGGACAGGACGUUGGUGACAGGCCACAGAGAGCUCCUUACCAGAAGAAGGAAGGUGGUGGUGGUGGCCAGAUCAAGACGGCCCAGGAUAUCAGCGUUGCCAGACUUACUGGUGCGCCUGUUGCUCACCAGGGUAAGAAGACUACCUUCGAGUAA